UUUUUUCUAAACGAAAAACCACCCAGAAAAUAACUAAAGACGCCAACAUGCAAAGUCUUCAAGCCAAGGCCUCCCAGUGGAGCGGAGUCGACUCCGCCGACGCGUUCGCCAUCGACGAAACCAACCUCUUCCAGAAGCUUGGUCUCCAAGCCUUCAUCAAUCUCUCCACCGAUUUCUACACCAGGGUUUACGAGGACGAGCAGGAAUGGUUCCGAUCAAUCUUCGCGAAUUCCAAGAAGGAAGACGCGAUUCAGAACCAGUACGAGUUUUUCGUGCAGAGAAUGGGAGGGCCGCCUCUCUUUUCUCAAAGAAGAGGCCAUCCUGCACUGAUCGGACGGCACCGGCCGUUUCCGGUGACGCAUGAAGCAGCGGAGAGGUGGUUGCAUCACAUGCAGCAAGCAUUGGAGAGCUCUUCAGAUAUUGAUGAGGAUUCGAAGCGAAGAAUGUUCAAUUUCUUCAAGCAUACUGCUUAUUUCCUUGUGGCUGGAGAUGAGUUGAAGAAGGGUCACACUCAGAAUGGGACUCAAACUCAGACCCAACAACAACAAUAACAACAAGCUCUGUGUACUAUUCGAUUUAAGUAGUAUGUUAGUUGUUACAUUAACCCUUUAUUAAUGAAGGAUUUAUGCAAAAAGUUCUAAACUUUUACUCUUACUCUGGUUUAUAUGUGGUGAAGUGACAAUAUAUGCUUGAUUCAGAGAGCUGCAAUAGUUUCAGGAUGUAAGUGCUUUAGAAGUAGACGAGUCCUUCAAAAUCUUCUUUAGAAAGUUUCGGUGGAUUAGUUACAUGGUGAUGAGUAGAGAAUUAAGACUGUUGUUGUGAACCUUGUGAUACUGAACCAAAUUUGGAAGGGCAGCCCAUCAUGGUUUGGAACUAGGAAAACGUAUCAUUCUUGCAUUGUAAUUGUAUGUGAUAGUGAAGAAAGCCUUGUUCUUGUUAGUCUGGUAUUUAGUAACCCACAGUAUUGGCCUAUUGGGUCAGAUACUGGCAUAGUGCAGCCAGAGAAAUCUGACAUUGAAAUUUAU